AUGAAUCCUGAACAGCCACGCAGAGCGGCAACUGUGCCUCUGCCCGUUCCUCAAUCUCACCAAAAUCCGCCUCCAGCUCCGCCUCUUCCCCCGCAACAGCGAGCUCGCAAUGCUCUGAACAGGUUUCUAGGUUUUCCUGCCAGAGCUGCCGAUGCAGACGGCGAAGGGCGCGAUGGUUCUGGUACGGGGCUAAAGGAUGUCCAGAGACUCCCUAGUUUAUCCGCGUACAAUGCCAGCGCUAGCCACAAAACUGGGCUAGAGAUCAAUUCCUUGUCCAUCAACGACGAAGGCAGCCAUGCUAUUCUUGCUGGGCGAGACAUCCUUAAAACAAUCCGUGUUGAUGAAGGAAGCUGCACAGAAGAUAUCAACAUCCGAGCUGCCAUUCGCAACUACAGUGCUCAUACUUCUGGGAGAUCAAAGGACAACAUCAACAUAUCAGAUGUUGCUUGGGGAAAGGGCAAUUUUGGCAACUACAUAGCCGCUGCGAACGCCAACGGACCCAUCACGUUAUACGACCUCAAUCAUCCUGGUAUCGAAGUUGCGCAGCUUAAGGAACACCGCCGGCAAAUUCACAGAGUCACGUUCAAUCCACAUGCUGGCCAGCAUUUUCUUUCUGCCAGUCAAGAUGGAACCGUCCGUCUAUGGGAUCUCCGCGAUGUGAGGAGAGAUGCCAAUACCUUUCCAAGCAGAUUCACUACCAGCGGUCAGAACGAGGGUGUGCGAGACGUUAAGUGGUCUCCAACUGAUAUCUUCGAACUAGCCAUGUGCACGGAUGGUGGCUUUGUCCAGAGAUGGGACACUCGCAAGCUCAAAAGCCCAUUGACGCGUAUCGCGGCUCACACAGGCCCUUGUGCGACAAUUGACUGGCAUCCUGAUGGCAAACAUCUACUGAGCGCCAGUUCGGACAAGACGGUCAAAGUAUGGAACAUCUCUGCUGAAGGCAGAAGACACAAGGCUGUAUACGAGAUCAAGACGCCGUAUCCCUUGCGCCAUGCUAGAUGGAGACCGUCUUGUCAAUCAUCGUGGCCGACAGGCCGGGGCUCGAGGCAGUGUACCCAAAUUGUCACCUCCUACGAGCGCGACCAUCCCACUGUGCAUAUCUGGGACUUCCGCAGACCAUGGCUACCUUUUCGAGAGAUGGAAGGCUACCAGACUGCACCAACGGAUCUUUUGUGGCAUUCCCAAGAUCUUUUGUGGACGGUCAACCGUGAGGGCAUGUUCCUUCAGCAUGACAUCAAGUAUGCCAAAAAGGUCAUGGAUAAACGCAACAUGCAAGCCUUCGCUAUUUCCCCACUCGGAGAGUUCAGUCUGGCAACACAGAAGAGAGCGACUCGUCUCAGACCAGGUCUCAAUCGUGGCGACAGCGAAGCGUUCAUUCGCCACCGUCGAAACGGCCUGUCACCUUCUGAGACGAUUGCGCAUACCUCCAGUCGAGGAUCUCAUGAUGAUACCAUUGAUGAUACUUUCUUAAGCAGCUCUUACGGCAAACGCCAUGCAAGAUCUCCUAGUGCCAAACUUGGCAAAUCGUCUAAUGAAUCACCGCCAACAUAUGAUGUGAGCUCCACUCGUACGGUCAGUCUUGAAGACGUUCUGAAAGCUGGUCGAGCGUACAAGCCGGGUCAAUCCGCUGCCCGUGGCCGCCUGCCUGGAAGUCCAAAUCUGUUACUCAUUCAAUACUUUGCGAAGCAAUACACGACAAGAGUUCUUCCCGAGCCUCCUUCAGUCGAUGCAUUCAUAAAAGUACACGAGGUUUUUGAGCGUAACGCAACUCAUGCUCAGAAGGCAUCACUGUAUCGCUUGGCUCAGUCUUGGAGGAUGAUGGGUCAAGCAGUUAUGACAGAAUUGCUAACCAGAGCAAAUCUCCACCGCGGAUUGCGAGUGAAGAAUGAGACUGGUCCUCGCAAGAGUUUAUUAGAUGAAUCGCCCUUUGCUAGAAGGACAAGAAGAUGGCUUGGAUCAACAGAACGCAGGCUGAGCUCAAAGCCUGGUACACCAUUGAGCCGACCACUAAGGACGAUGGAAUCACGCUCCACUGUUCAGCCCGAUAGCACCUCGAAUGUUCCUACGCCAAUUGCAAGGCCUGUCAAAGAUCGGCCUGAGUUGGAACGAGCUCCACUCAAGGAGAUAGACACAGACGAAAGCCUUACGCUGCCCCCUUCACUCCUGACUCCCUCCGAAAUCAAACAAAAUAUCGAAGAACAGAGUCGAGCCACAUUACAGGCAGUCGAUCAUCGAGGUAUAGAGCAUCGCAACUCUUGGUAUGGCUCUGUGCAAAAUUAUCAGGACAAGCGAGAGGCAAUCAGCAACUGGAGACAACCCCUAAAAGAGCCGCUUAAUCUGGAGGACGAAUCUAACGAACGACCUAAACCUACAAGAUACAACUCCGACGAAAGUUUUGGCAUGUUUCCAUCUUUGUCUUCUCGAGACGCUUCAGGGCCUGCUUCUUCUGUUGCUAGCAGAUCGGACCUCAUGGAAGCUGUGCAGGAAAAUCUACGAUCGGAAGGAUCAUAUGGUUCGAUGAACUUGGGAAGUAGCUCAUCUUCUGAGCCAAUGCUUAGUCAAAGCUAUCAAGCCAGACAGGAUAUUCCAGAAGAUCAGAGUCAAGGAAGCGUCGCUGUAUCUUCUUCAGAGAGUGAUCACGAAGGUGCUAUGGUAGUUCCUGCUCCAAAAGAGAAUAAAGAUGCCCCUGCAAGAGACAUACCUCGAGAUAUGCAAACUCUAGCUUUGAACAAUCAGCAGAGCUUCACGUCCGAGAUUGAUGCCUUUCCCAGUCAACGGAAUCAUCCUGAAGAUGUUGACAAUAUGGAAGCUAGUGGCACCAUCAUUCCGCACCUGAUGCCGUCAAAAAAUGCUUCUGUUGACUCGACCAAAACGCCCUUCAUCACUGCCGACUUCCUAGCUUCUGAUUACAACAUUGAUGCCGAGAAGAACAAACCGUUCCGCGUGGUUAAUAUGCUAAAUCACUUGCUCGACUAUCAUACUAUGAAGGUUCCCGAUGCACAAGCGGCCACCAACUUCAUCUUCAUGUUGACGCCCCUAUUGCCUGAGACUCAUGCACUCCCACAGGCAAGUAUUGAUGCGACUAUCGCUGUAUACAGCGAGUACUUCACUGCCAUGGGAUACAGCGAUAUGGAGAUUUACAGUCUGUUCUCGACUUCAUUCGAACAUCUUAUCAAGGCAGGACUGCAACCCCUCCAAGCAGAAAGCAUCAUCAGCACCUAUCACAGCCAGUUGCAGCAUCUUGGGUUAUUCAGCAAUGCUGCCUAUCUGCGUCGUGUCAGCUAUCCCAUGUACCCAUCAGUCUACGAAGGAGGGCUUAAAGACACUCAAGUUAGCUUCAUGUGUGGCACCUGCAGAAAACCCAUUAACACUCCAAAUAAGAUGCGUUGUGAAAACUGUACACAGCGCCAGGAUCCAUGUCCAAUCUGCUGGUGUGACACGAGUCCAUUCGAAGCUCCUGCCAAGAUCAAGACACGAGCAGGAGGAAACAGAAAAUCUGCCGUCGAACCCUUCGUUCGACCAGCAACUGCCGGAGACGAUGAUGAUGAAACUCAACAAGACGACACGGAAGCGGCACAGUUACAGAAGAACGCCUUGUACUCUACGUGCUUGCUUUGCAACCAUUCAGCUCAUGCGGCUUGUCUGCGGACUUGGCACUCCCAACCCCCAUCCCACGUCGAUGUCUCUCCGACUUCUGUAUCCACAUCUGAGGGCGCUUGUCCUACUCCUGGCUGUUUCUGCGCGUGCACUCCAGGACCUCGACGCAACGAGUUGCUGGACACUGUUGAGCGGAGAGAGCGGGAGAAGAGUGUGCGUGAGGAUGACUGGGUUGUGGCAGAGUCUAGGGCCGCGCAGACGGCUGCUACACUGGCGGGUGGCAGGAGCAAGAGUGGAGUAGGUGCGACGACACCAAAUGAAGAGGUUGGCAGUGGCAGGCGAGAGAAGAGGAGCGUUGGAUUCAGGAAAGGCUAG